AACAAAAACUGUGAAAUUCAUAGGGGAAAUUGACAGCCAACAUACGAAAAGAGAAGAAACAUUUUUCUUCUCUCCAAAAAACAUCAAAGAUUUAGCUCCCCUAAAUAUUUUCUUCCUACAAUCCAAAGAGGGAAAAAAAUAACUAUAUUUGCCAGCCACAGGUUGGCAGAAGUUGCAAUCCAUCAAGAAAGGAAAAUAUGGGUCCAAGUAAGUUAAGGAAAGCCAUUGGGGCGGUGAAAGACCAGACCAGCAUUGGCCUGGCCAAGGUUGGCAGCAGCGCCUCCCUGUCCGAUCUCGACGUGGCUAUCGUGAAGGCCACACGGCACGAGGAGUACCCUCCCGACGAGCGCUAUGUCCGUGAGAUAUUGAACCUCACGACCUACUCCCGCACGUUUGUUAACGCGUGCGUGAGGACCAUCGCAAGGCGCCUAAGCAGGACUAGGAAUUGGGUGGUGGCCUUGAAAACCCUAAUGUUGAUCCAACGCCUCCUCUCGGAGGGCGACGAGGCAUACGAGCAGGAGAUCUUCUUUGCGACUAGGCGCGGCACUCGUCUCCUCAACAUGUGUGAUUUUAGAGAUGCCUCCGCUCACUCCAACUCGUGGGACUACUCGGCAUUUGUCCGCACCUACGGCCUCUACUUGGACGAGCAGCUCGAGUUCAGGAUGCAGGGCCGUAGAGGGAUCCAUGGCGGCUAUGAAUGCCACGUCCCAGACACUGCCAUUGUGCCCAAGAACACUCCUCUCUGUGAUAUGAAGAUCGAGAAGAUCUUUUAUAGGAUUAAUCAUCUAAUGCAACUUCUCGAGAGGUUCUUGGCAUGCAAGCCAACAGGUGCAGCUAGAGAGAACAGGGUGGUGAAUGUGGCUUUGUACCCUAUUGUGAAAGAGAGUUUCCAACUAUGCUACGACAUAACUGAGAUUAUGGCGAUCUUGAUUGAACGGUUCAUGCAGCUUGAUAUACCUGAAAUGGUGAAAGUCCAUGAGAUCUUCUCUCGUGUGUCCAAGCAAUACGAUGAUGUGGACGCAUUCUACACUUGGUGUAAGAAAGUCGGCAUUGCGCGUUCCUCUGAGUAUCCUGAAGUUGAGAAGAUCUCACAAAAGAGACUCGAUAUGAUGGACGAUUACAUUCGUGAAAGGUCGACCAUGGACCACGACAGGAGGCCCGCCAGCCCGGACCCAGAGCCCGAACUAAUUCAAGAGACAGAGCCCGAAGAGGAUAUGAAUGCCAUCAAGGCAUUGCCACCACCAGAAACUUUUGUACAAGAGGAAGAAGAGAAUGAGGAAGUGGAAGAGGAGCCAAAAGAAGAGCAAAAGAAAACUCAAGAAGAGGGGAAUUUGCUGAACUUAGGUGAAAAUGCACCAACUACACAAGAACAUGGUGACAAACUUGCAUUAGCUCUAUUUGACGGUGGUCUAUCCACUGCCGGUCCGGAGAAUGAAACGACACCAUGGGAGGCCUUCAAAGAGUCAUCGUCGGGUGACUGGGAGACGGCAUUAGUCCAAUCUGCUAGCCAUUUGUCGAACCAAAAGGUAUCACUUCCCGGAGGGUUUGAUACAUUGAUUCUUGAUGGCAUGUACCAACAAGGAACACUGGCUCAGGCGGUGGCUUCUUCGGGUCUUAUAGCUACGGGAAGUGCUAGUAGUGUUGCUCUAGGGUCAGCGGGGCGGCCGGCCAUGCUGGCAUUGCCGGCACCACCAUCCGCUGAGAGCGGAGCCACCACUUCUGAGAAUUCCGACCCUUUUGCCGCCUCUCUUGCCGUACCCCCACCACCAUAUGUGCAGAUGUCAGAGCUGGAGAAAAAGCAUAACUUUCUUGUACAAGAGCAGAUAAUGUGGCAACAAUAUGCAAGGGAUGGGAUGCAGGGACCAGCAGCUUUACACAAGGCAAACUCGGGUUCAUAUCCAUACAACAAAGGAGGUUACACGACUACACAUUAAGCUACUUACAGAAAUAAUACAGCAUAGAAAACAGUUACUGGUGGCCAAACUUGAUAUGCAAUUGAGUUGUAUCAAACCGGAUCAUGCAAAGAGAUGUCAAAAUACUAGGUUAUAAUUGUCUAGAAACUUGCCUUCGUUUCUUGCACUUAAUUGUAGGAGGAAUUUUCGGCUAUAAACUUGCAUUAACUAGAUCUUCUCCUCAA